CAACUCUUAUUAUUCCGGUCUGAAUGCGAUUUGCCAGUCUCUUCCCCACCACCUCUACAUCCCCAUUUUCUAGCACUCAGACGGGAUGGAGGACAGGAACGCGCAGCCGCCUAACUGGGUAGCGGCUUGACGUCGAUCAAGCUCUUCCUCCGGGGGGCUCGGACAGAGAGUCAGCGCACCCCAGGCCUCCGCAGCGCGGCUGCUUCAUUGGCCCUGCGAACCCCUCACACCGGCCGCGGGAAACCGAGGCGGGCGCGCUGCGAGUUUCCGCAAAAUGAUGCUUUGCAGGCUUCGGGCCUUGUUCCAGACGCGCCUGACUGAACUCAAGGGGGGGCGAUUGCAGCGGCUUACGGCUUCUGCCACCUGGUGUCUCUCCCGCCCCAAAUCACCCCGAUUUUGGAAAUCAGGGUAAAUAGACGGACUGAUCGAGCCCCCUUCGGCGGCAGCACGGAGAGGGUGACGUUUCUCCAGCGGGCGGAGCGCGCAGAUCAGAGCCAUUCUUUCCGUAGUUCUGCUCAUCCGCCAGCGCUAUCCGCGGUACAGUCGAUCCGGGACAAGGAGAGGGGAGCUCUCGGUCACCAUGGAGAACCCGGUGGAAAGCCUGCACAAGGAAGCCACUUGCUCCGUGUGCCUGGAGUAUUUCCGAGACCCGGUUUCCAUUGCUUGCGGCCACAGCUUUUGCCGCGCCUGCAUCACCCAGUGCUGGAAGGACCAGAGCACCAAUUUCUCCUGUCCGCAAUGCCGGGAAAUCGCCCUGCAGAGGAAUUUCAGACCUAACCGGGAGCUGGGAAACGUGGUGGAAAUCACCAGGCGGCUGAGCUUGCACGCCUUGCAAGGGGCCGCAGGGCAAGAAGAAGGAGAAGGGAGGCCGCUGUGCGAAAAGCAUCAGGAGGCGCUGAAGCUCUUUUGCAGCGAAGAAGAAAGCCUCAUCUGUUGUAUCUGCAGGGAGGCGCGGGCUCACCGGAGCCACACGGUCUUCCCCAUCGAAGAAGCCGCCCAGGAUUAUAAGAAAGAAAUUGAAUGCCGUCUGCAAAAACUGAAGGAAGAACUAGAGAAACUUCUACGACUAAAACUGGCUGGAGAGGUUAGACAUCAGGAAUCUCUGAAUCAAACAGACACUGAAAGACAAAAAGUGGUGAUGGAAUUUGAGCAAAUGCAUCACUUUUUGGAUGAACAGGAGAAGCUUCUGCUGGCUCAGCUGAAGGAGAUGGAAAGGGAGAUUGUCAAGCAUCAGAAAAUAUAUGACACGAAGGUUUCUGAUGAAAUUGUUGCUCUUACUAUCCUGAUUGAUGAAAUAGAAGAGAAGCUCGAGCAGCCAGACAGUGAAUUCCUUCAGGAUAUCAGAAGCACAUUGUGCAGGUUUGAUAAGGAGCCCUUCCAAGUCCCUGAGGGGAUGCCAAUCAAGAUGGAAAAGAGACUAGAAGAGUUCUCGGAGAAAAAUACGGUGCUUGCAGAAAUGCUGAAGAAUCUCAAAGACACUCUGCCCUCAGAACUAGGAACUGAAUGGGUUAACAUAACCCUUGACAAAGACACGGCAAACCCACAAGUCAUAAUUUCUGAGGAUCGAAAAAGUGCAAGAUGGGAUGUCACUCGGACUGACGUGCCACAUAAUCCUAAGAGAUUCAAGUCCUCUUGCUGUGUGCUGGGUUGUGAAGGAUUCACAUCUGGGAGACAUUAUUGGGAAGUCAACGUGGAAGAUGGAGGCAUCUGGGCGAUAGGAGUAGCCAGGGGCUCUGUGAGGAGGAAGAUAGAACUUAAACUCACUCCAGAGGAAGGGAUUUGGGCCUUGCAAGGAGAUUUUGGCCAAUACCAGGCUCUCACCUCACCUGUAACUGCUCUGCCGCUCCUUUGUACUCCCAGGAGAAUUAGAGUGUUUCUGGACUAUGAAAGGGGACAAGUAGAAUUCUUCAAUGCCGACACAAAAGAUUCCAUCUUCCUUUUUCCCUCAGCAUUGUUUGCUGGCGAGAGGAUUUUCCCCUUUUUUAAGGUGUUGCUUGCUCAGCUGACGCUGGAUGGCUGAAGAGCUCCCUUUGAGGAAGAUGCAUCCGCAUUAUAUUAUGUCUGAAUUCAAGAGGAAUUUAAAAGAAGAAUUAUGCAUGUUGAAUCGAGUUUUGGUCUGCAUUAAUAGCUGCAAGUACUAAAAAGUGGAAGUGGUUCUCCAUAUGUAGUUAGUAUAGAUCAGUGAGAUGAGGUAUUGUGUAUGACACCGAAUGUGGAUGAUGUCUGUAUUGUAAUCUAUGAAGUGGAUUAGAAUAACUGGUUUUAAUUAUAUGGUAGCCUGUAAAGUUGUGUAGUCUUGUCCCUUCAUCAGUUCCUUAUCUGUUGUAAUAAGUCUUUAUCAUUUUGUCAAAGGAGAUGGCAUAAGCAUUAUCUGAUGUUUUUGGACCCCAUGGACUGAAGGUGAAAAUAAUAGUUAAAUCAAGUGGAAUAAGUGCUUUACAUAAGGCUUCAACAUACUUGACUUUGUCUGAUUCUAAUGCUAAAAACUCACGUUGUUUAUUCUGAUUGAUGACUUUUUUUAUAACAGUUGCCUCUGCUAAUUACUGAUUUGAUUUUAAGUAAGUUAGCAUCAAUAUAAGAUUAUCUUUAUAUAUGUUAGUACUAAACUAAUUUGAAAAUUUUUGUGCAGUUUCACACGGCUUGUAAAUCUCUUUUUUAUUUAAUCUCUUUUGUUUUAUGAUUGUCCUUUUACGUAUAUGUUAAAAUAAACAUUAAAAAAGCAGGUGCUUCAAUACUCGUACUCCUGUAUUAGGAGAUUUUGUGUUUGUGACAAAUUUGGAGGAAUAAACUACAAAUGUCUUUUCUGUGGCAAA